GAGAAAAGCAUCAACAUCACGUCCUCUAAGACAAACAACAAUGACACAAGUAUUUGACAAACUUGAAAAAUCUGCACCAUGUGUACAACAAUCACAACUCGCAUCACCUUUGCUAGUAAUAAAAAAAUGCGCUUUAACGGCAACUAAUAAUGAACAACAGCAACCGCAACAAUCAAUAAUUAUGUUGUCGGAUGAAACAUCACGGUCUACGAAUGAUUCUCCACUCGUAAUAUCUUCACCAGAACAACCAGCAGCACCAUCAUUGCUGGAACAGCAACAACCCGCCAGUGAGCAAAUGGAUAUAGAUGGAAAUCAGAAUAUGCCGAUAUUAAAUCACGUAAUGGAAAAUUCUUAUUUUACAUUUGAUAAAUCAUUGAUACCAUUAUCAUUAGAAAGUAAUCAACAUGUCGAAGAACGAGACGGUUUUAAAGAAAAUCGAAAUCAAAUAUCAUCUAUUAAAUCUGAUUCUGAUGAUAAGACAAUUACCCACAAGAUACCAUCGCGAUCACUCGAUGAAAAUGGUACUACGACGAUACCAGAAAAUGUUCGAAAUCAAUCAACAGCAACUUCAAAUCCAAAAAAUGAUCAUGACGGUGACGGUGAUGAUUUACUACAUAUUUGUAAGUCGUGUUGGGAUUAUCGUAUCUGUUUACCGGAUCAAUUGAAAAAUAAUUUUCAAUGUAAACAUCGACAACAAUCGGCUAUAAUAACGCCUCAACAUUUUUGGUCAUUGGGUGUACCAAAUACACAAACAUGUCUAGAACGUGGCUAUGGCGGUGUAAGAAGUCCUACAGUACCAAUUGAACGUUUAAGAAGGCCGCGUAGACAACUUCAGCAACAGUCAAAUAAUGCACUGAAUAACAAUACUCUUAUAGACGAUGAAGAUGAUAGUAGUUUUAACUAG